GUACCAGAUGGCAGCGCAGAAGGGAAACGCAGACAGAAAGAAUAUGGUUCCAGAACCUCUGCCCUCCACACUGUCUGGUGGUAAUCUAAAUGUUUUGAAGAAACGCUGGGAGCAACGACAGCUGCAGUCAUUCAGUCUCAUCUCCCAGCCUCUGACCAAAUCUCUCAGUCCCACAAUCUCCCAUUGCCACAGUUCUUCAUCUCCUCUCACCAAACCUCCACCUUCUUCCUCACCAUUUCAGCCACAAUAUGAAAGUCUAAGAACUACCACACACUCUGAGAACCACAACAUAGAACCAGAGAGCCAGGCUCACUCGGAGGACAAGAGCAUUCCGUCACCUGAAUCCGACGAGCUGAUGGAGAGCAGAGGUCCAGAGAGACAGGAGGAGUGGGCAAAGACGACAGCACCAGGGGGGUCUGACAUGGAGAAUCCGUGUGUUCCCAUUAACAGCCUCAAGAUGAUGUUUGAGAGAGGAGUGAGCCCUGACAAGGGAUCCAGAGAGCAGACAAACGGAGGAAACGACGCCAAUAACUCUUCAAACAUGGAGCAGCUGCUGGGAGAUGGAAGUCUUGCUGAGUCCACUCCUCUCCGGGACAGAAUGGCCCUCUACCAAGCCGCCAUCUCCAAACAGGAAGCUGCUAAUGAUGAUGUGGACGGGUUCUGUGGGACACAAAAGGAGAAUGUCCCGCCCUUCUCUGUGGACACGAGUGCAGAGUGUGAACCAAACGUCAGGAGAGCUUUCACUUCAGACACCAAUGGCUCUGGUCCUGGUAAUCUUUCAGCCACUGGUCCGAAAGACUCUCCUCAGUCAAAGACUAUCAAGAGCUUCCAUCUGCCUUUGAAGGAGAGCUGUGUGUCCUGUAUGAAGACUGUUUAUCCUCUGGAGAGGCUGGUGGCCAACCAGCAUGUCUACCACAUCUCAUGCUUCCGCUGCUCGCACUGCAACACCAACCUCAGUUUGGCAAACUAUGCCUCUCUGCACAACAACGUCUACUGUAAACCCCACUUCAGCCAGCUCUUCAAGGCCAAAGGCAACUAUGACGAGGGUUUUGGCCAUCGGCCCCACAAAGAGCUGUGGGAGAGCAAAGAGAGUGAGGACGCCUCACCACAGUCCAACUCUCUGAACAAACCAAAAGCCCAGAGCUCCCCCUCAGAUCAAGAAAGCCCCAGUGUGGAAGACUCCACUCUGGCCAAAGUCGUCGUUCUGACUGCCACCAUGGAGGCUCUGGGACAAGGGUCACCAGAGAAAGCUGACAUGCCUGCAGUGACCGGUAGGUUGAAAAUCUCCUGGCCUCCACGCAUGGAGCUGGAAGACACACCCAGCAAAAGCAGGGUCACCAGUACCACAGAAGGAGUCUCUGUCACUAAGCCCAUCAGAGCAAAAUGGCCCCCAGAGGAGGAGACUCCAUCUUCCUCCCCGGAGCAGGACCGGGGCUCGCCCUGUCUGCGCCAAAGCUCCUCCCUGAAGGAACGCAGCCUGGCCUUUUCGCUGGCGGCACAAAGCAGCAGCAACCAGAGUCCUCCUUUGAACGAUGAGCAAAUGAGUCCUGAAGUCUUCAGCAGGGAGCGGCAGCAUGGGGGCCAGUCAUCAGACAGCUGUGUGGACACACACAGCAGCUCUGGAGAGGAGGACCUGACAGACCAGCUCAUCAUAGAGAGGGAGACCAAAGCUGCUGCAGGAGGUAAAGCAGAUGAGGAGCAGAUGGAGGAGGACUGGUAUGUGUUAGAGGAAGAGCUGUCUAAAAAAUGUCAGAGUCCAGCAGAGCCGAUGGCCAUCUUCUGCCCUGAGGUGGAAAUCGUACACUCAUCUCAAGAUGUGGGCUUCUGGGACAACGAGGAGGUUAAGGAUAAAGAGGAGGAGCAGGAGGUGCUUACUGUAGAGGAGAUGAUCAAACAAAACCGAUACUAUGAGGAGGAGGAGGAGGAAGACAUGUAAACUCAGACAUUUCUUUGCCAUUCCUGAUUCUUUUAGUUUUUCAAAGAACCUCUUUGUCAGUGUCGUAUGACCUCUGACCUAGUGCCUCCUUUAUCGGACUGACCUGAAGCCACUCAGAGCUUUUACAAAAAGUUUGAGAAAAUGUUUCACGUAUAGUUUAAAAAUGUUUUGUAUGCUGAAAGUUUUCCACAUAAUUGUUUGUGUAUUGUCACAAGUCCUGACAUUAAUUAGCCUUCAGUUGAUAUUUUUAGAAUCCAUUUGAAGCGGUUGUCAUGACGACCUUCCUUCUGCUUUGACUGAUUUCUCUUUCAAUUCAAAUAAUUUGAGAAUUACAACCAAAAUGCUGUAAGUGGAAAGACUUGUGAAAUGAGGAAACAAGACCCAGAAACUCUGUGGUGACUUUAAUUACUGACCAGUUUUUCUUUUUGCAAAUAAUCUGUCUUUCAGUUUGUAAUGCAGGGUCAUCACUGGUGUCACGUCUGAAUGUUUCAAGUUUUAAGAUUACUGAAUAAAAAAUGUUAAUUUUUAAACCAGAGGACCAAACAUCUAUAUCUGCUAUCGUUGAAUAAA